GAAGCCACCCCGCUUAGUGUGGUAGCAGGGAUGGGUAACCGGGUCACCCGUGGGGAUUUCGAGUGGGUUUACACUGACCAGCCCCACACGCAACGGAGGAAGGAGAUUUUGGCCAGAUAUCCAGCCAUCAAGUCUCUAAUGGGUUCAGAUCCCCAUUUAAAAUGGAUUGUGACAGGAAUGGUACUCACUCAGCUUCUUGCCUGUUACCUGAUGAGAAAUUUAGCCUGGAAGUGGGUUUUCUUCUGGGCUUAUGGUUUUGGGGGCUGCAUCAACCACUCCAUAACACUAGCAAUCCAUGACAUCUCUCACAAUGUUGCCUUUGGCAACAAGCAGACUAAGUGGAAUAGGUGGUUUGCAGUCUUUGCCAACUUGCCUGUUGGAUUACCUUACUCUGCCUCUUUCAAGAAGUACCACAUUGAUCACCAUCGAUACCUUGGCGGAGAUGCUUUGGAUGUGGACGUUCCUACUGAUUUUGAGGGCUGGUUCUUCUGUACUCCAUUUCGGAAGCUAAUCUGGAUUGCCAUCCAGCCAUUUGUUUACAGUUUGAGGCCGCUAUAUGUCAACCCCAAAGCAAUUACUGAGAUGGAGAUAUUUAAUGCCUUGGUACAAUUCUCCAUUGACCUUACAAUCUAUUAUUUGUGGGGUUGGAAGCCUAUUGUUUAUUUAAUAGCAGGAACGAUCCUGGCCAUGGGUUUGCACCCUAUUUCUGGGCAUUUCAUAGCGGAGCAUUAUAUGUUUUUGAAAGGAUAUGAGACAUAUUCGUACUAUGGACCCCUCAACUGGAUCACCUUUAAUGUUGGCUAUCAUAUGGAACACCAUGAUUUCCCCAGCAUUCCUGGAUCUAGGCUGCCAAUGGUAAAGAAAAUAGCAGCUGAAUAUUAUGACACCCUACCUCAACACCAGUCAUGGGUUCUUGUUCUCUGGGACUUUAUUUUUGAUGAUAACAUCAGUCCUUAUUCAAGGGUUAAAAGAAAGUGUAAAUUGGUUUCUAAAUUUUCCUAGAUUGCAACUCCAGCUUUUCCUUCUGGACUUCUGUACCUUGAAAAUUUUUCCCUCGCAAACAUGAAUGAUUCAUUGGAUGAAGUGUCUUAGGAAGAUGUAGCUGAUGUAUCUUUCUGAAUACAAAGGAUUGUCUUAAAUCCAAAUAUGAAGAAAUAUGCAAAUGAAGUUAACGAAAAACCUUUUUCUUUAGUACUGUGCAAUGCAAAACUCAGAGGCGGUCAGAGCAUGGAGGACCCUGAAUUUAUAGAUUUGGAAAGUAGAGAAGAGAAAAAUAGCUAGUUCUGUAUAUUUUGACUAAUUAAAGUAUAUGGCUAAGAAGUCUGAUAUUGGGUACAAUAGACCUCUCUCCAUCUUUGUAGAUCAGGACUGUCAAACUUCCGGCCAGCAGGCCAAAUGUGUCACGCACUGGCCACGCCCAUGCCCGUUUUAGUGAAGGGGAAAAAAGUUCCAAUAUGGCACAUGAUGAUGCCGUGGCAACUUGAGUUUGAUACCCCUGCUGUAGGUAGAUAGGGAAUUUUUCAAGUAGGGGAAGAUGGAAGAUCUCCGUGUAAUUAACUUUUAAGUAAUGUGCAAGUAUGUGGGAAUUCCUCAUCUCAUACUAUUGUGAUGAGCAAUGGUUCUGAGAGCUAUAAAAAUUAUCCAUCUAGACCAGAGGUUCUCAGGAAUUCUGGGAGUUGAAGUCCACAAGUCAUAAAAGUGCCAUUGUUUCCCAUCCCUGAUCUAGACAGAGAGAUUUGCCAAUGCAUAUUAGUUGCAAUAAUUAAAUCAGACCUCCACACUGCUACAGGCAGAUUACAAAGUACCCAGCAGUGUAUAUUUAAAGUGAUUGAAUAUUAGGCAGCUCUGUUUAUGACUUUAAAUUAUUUAAAGAGAAAGCCCAUAUGUAUCUACCUAUAAGUAAUCUCAGUAGAAGUUAAUACAAUCAUCAAGGUAAAUAGGUUAGGAUUGCAGCUUAAAAUGGAUUGUGGCAAGUAUAUUUUUAAUACAGUUAUGUGCAAUUGUGGAAAUAACACAGCCUGAUAGCAGUGAAUAUAGUUUGUGUGCUUCAGUGCUUGAUAUUCCUAAUUACAUAAAGGGCAGUAGUUAAUAUUGGAAAGACCUCUGAGAAAAUGUUCUAAGCAGGGUGAAUGAUACUAGUUUGGAUGGGAAAAUGGCAGACUAAUUUAUAACUUAUUUUUACCUACCUGAUUUUCCUUUUUUUCAUUUCUUUUUAGGCUACUACAAAUGUUAUUAGUUUCCAGAGGGGUUAAGCAUGUUAUUUUAGUGCAGCAAAAAACCAACAAAAUUUGUGUUACCUUAAAGAUGAAUGCAUUUAUUAUCACAUAAGCUUUCAUGGACUACAGUCUGCUUCCUUAGAUGCAUGGUUCAUUAUUCUGAAAUUUAUAUUAUAUACUCUUGAUAUGACAACUCACCCCAUCCCCCCACCAAGAAACAAACAAAAAACACAACCCCAGCAGUCACAUAGCUCCUGAAGUGUGAAAUUUGAGGUGCUUCCACAUUAAAAGAAAUCAGUUUUCAAAGGAACCAAAAAACUUUAUUAAAAAAAAACCUAGCCAGUGCUCCAUUUAUUCUUAUCUAGUACCACCCCACCCCCCGUUAUAACCACGUUGUAAGUUAUUAAGCAACAUGAGAUGCACAGUAUUAUUACUUCUUUCUAAUCAGCAAUGGAAGUUUUAUAGUCCAAGGCAGGUAAAGAAAUAAUAUAUUCAGGACAUAAAUGUUAGGCUUGGUCAUUGACUUUCCCAUAGAGUGAAAGUCUGAGGAGACUUUUGAGGGUCCUGCUGAGGAGAAACCUCCAUAUAAUUUCAAGAGAAAAGAGUUUCAAGGAUACUAGCAAAAUUUUUUGUGUGGGUUCCACAUAACUCUAGUGGUUUGCUCAAGCCAACAUACAUUUAAGCCUAAGCAAAGUAAAAUAGUUUGCUAUUAGUUAUCACACAGUAUUUAUGACAAAAUAUUGGAUGACGUGUUAUGGGGAGAUCUAUUCAGUGCAAACUUGUUUUGGGAGAAGAAUACUAGUAAUUCUGAAUAUAACCACUAUAUACAGAAGACAUGCUUAAAAAUGAUGAAAGACAUUUUGUCUUUGGAGUUGUUCUAUUCUCCAGUCUAGGUCCAGUGAUUUGCAGCCAUCAAUUUUGUAAAUUGAUAUAUUUCAUACAAUAGCCAAGAGAUGUAAACAUGAAAAUGUGAAUUUUCUAUUUCUCUAACUGUAUUUCUGGUAGCACCACCAGAGGUCAGAUAAAGACCUGGUUUACACAAUAUGGAAACCAUAAUAAGAUUUCCUUAAUUUGGUAUAACGUCUUGUGUGAAUUCGGACAAUUCAAUAAACCAUGGCUUCAUUCAAUGUGUAAACAUAGUCAUAGCCAUUUCCUUUGGAAUGCCAUAGCUGGUCAAGAUUGCCAAAUUGGCCAUCCCUGUUGUUAAUAAGUAGAAAAGUAUAUAUUAUGAGCCCAAAUCUAUUGCAAGAAUGAACUGAAAGAAAAGCCAAUCAAUGCCACAAAUGCCACAUGGACAAUGAACAAUUUAUUACCAGUAUGAGCACAGAUGCUGUGAUGCACUGAUGUACCGCUUUAAUAUUGUGGUAGCUUUGAGACCAGGGACUUCCUGGCUGACAGCUGGCAUCUUCUGGCCUCAAGUACUGAUGCCAUUAAUAAGAUUCUGUUGGCAAAAAGGUUCUCAUUUACACUGCAGACUACCAGUAAAAUUAUUUUGAAGUCAUCUAAUAAAAGCAAAUGGAUCACAUGUUUCCUUACCUACAAUAUACUAAAAACAAAAAUGUCAUACAUUUAAAUAAGCAAAUACAAAAUACAAAAAGGCUGACCAAAUCUGAUGUGCAUUAUCAGAUGAAUUUUAAAAAUCCAGAUAAAUUUUUAAUAUUUUCCAUUUCAAAGAUUUUAAGACUUUUUUCUUUCUUUUUUAAAUGAAGCAAAUCCAAGGCAGUAGCAAGCUUCAAAGUCUGCUGAGUCUGCUAAUAAAAAGGAUUUUAAAAACAAAA